AUGACCCUGCGCGAUAAGCAGAUAGUCGUUAUCGAGAGGCUCUUGAACCUCAACAAGGACAAGAGUCCCAACGUCGUAACCCCAGGUGGCGACGUCACAACGCCCGAUGCGAACGGAUCGGAUCCGAAUGGCACCGGUGCUGACGAGCUGAUCUGGAAAGUACUGGUUUUUGACAAGUUUGGGCAGGAUAUAAUAUCAAGUGUCUUGAGAGUCAACGACUUGUUUCAGAACGGAGUCACUAUUCACAUGCUACUAAACUCGGUCCGGCACAGCAUCCCAGAUGUUCCUGCCAUCUACUUUGUCCAGCCCACGGCCGACAACAUCAAGCGGAUCGCCCAGGACCUCAACCAAAGCCUCUACGAAUCCAUCUACGUCAACUUCAUCUCCUCCAUCCCCCGCAACCUCCUCGAAGACUUUGCCUCGCAGGCCAUUAACUCCGCCCACAUGGUUUCCCAGGUCUACGACCAGUACCUCAACUUCAUCGUCACCGAGCCCGACGCGUUCAGCCUCGCGCUCGAUAAAGUCUACUCCACACUCGCGAGCCCGAAGAUCCAAGACCAGGAGAUCGAAGAGAUCAUCGACCGGAUCGUCAUCGGUCUGUUUUCUGUCAUCCUCACCAUGGGCCAGAUCCCUAUAAUCCGCUGUCCGCGCGGGAACGCGGCCGAGAUGGUGGCUCAGAAGCUCGAUCAGAAGUUGCGCGACUAUGUCAUCAACUCCAGAGACAGCACGUUCAAUUCGCCUACAGUCAACGCCCAAAGACCAAUCCUGGUGAUCUUUGACAGAAACAUCGAUCUGGUGCCAAUGUUGUCGCACUCGUGGACAUAUCAGUGCCUGAUCAACGACGUCCUCGAGAUGAAGCUGAAUAGAAUCAGAGUGGAAGUCGACGACGGCAACGGCAAGGUCUCAAAGAAGGGCUACGAUCUGGACCCCAAGGACUUUUUCUGGAACAAAAACGCCGCGAUCCCGUUCCCGCAGGUGGCCGAGGACAUCGACGCCGAGCUCACGCGCUACAAAAACGACACGACCGAGAUCACGUCGGCCACCGGCGUGAACUCGAUCGAGGAUGUCAAUCAGCUGGAUUUGAACGCGAACGCGGCGCAUCUCAAGUCUGCAAUCACCGCGCUGCCUGAGCUGACGGCGCGGAAGCAGACGCUGGAUAUGCACAUGAACAUCGCGACCGCGCUGCUCAAGGGUAUUAAGGAGCGGGGUCUUGACUCGUUUUUCCAGAUGGAGGAAAACAUCACAAAGACACCGAAGCAGACCAUUCUCGAGACCAUCAACGAUCCCGAGCGCAAGGAUCCGCUCGACAAGAUGCGCAUGUUUUUGAUCUACUUCAUCUCCGCCGAGUCUACAAUCUCUGCUGCUGACAUGGCCGAGUACGAGCACGCGCUCGUCCAGGCCGGCUGCGAUAUCGCGUCGCUGACGUACAUCAAGCGUGUUCGUGAAAUCACGCGAAUGACAAUGAUGUCCACCCAGCCCAGCGGCGCAUCCAACCAAUCCAGCGGCGCCGGCCCGUCCGCCGACAACAUCCUGCGCGGUUUCAGCAGUCUGUCGAACCGCCUCACCGGCCGUCUCAAAGACGGCGGUCUGUCCGGCGGCUUUGAGAACCUCAUCUCGGGAGUGAAGAACUUUUUGCCCUCGCGCAAGGACCUGACAAUCACGCGGCUCGUCGAAAGUCUGAUGGACCCCGGCAGCGGCAGCACGCACUCGACCGAAGACUACCUGUACUUUGACCCCAAGAUGGCGCGGGGCUCGCUCACGCGGCCGAUUCCGCGCAACCGCACCGCGUGUUCGGAAGCGAUCGUGUUCACCGUCGGCGGCGGCACGUUCCUCGAGUAUGGCAAUCUGCAGGAGUUUGCGAAACGCACAAACCGGCGGAUCGUGUACGGAAGCACGCAGCUGUGUACGCCGCAGCAGUUUAUGGAGGAGCUUUCGGAGCUUGGGGCUGCUUAA